GAAACUCCGGGACCGCGGGCUGCUCCUGCGUGGGGGGCGUGAGUGAGGGCAGCACCUGGCCGGCGCUGGGGAAGGAGAGACAGUGAAAUAGGAGUCCCCCCCAAAGUGGAUCAUUUCUUUUCCUCUGCUCAUUCACCCUCCAGUUCAGACUUGCAAUGAGCGGACUGAAGUCUCCUGUGCUGCUGGGGCUGGUGCUCUUAAUGCUGUCAGCAGGUUAUUGCAAAGAGAGAACUGACUCCAUAGACCUAAAAGACAGGCAAAGCCUCUUCAAUCUCAUCAUGGAGAUUAUUCAGGAACUGAAAAGGCACCACAUGGAAGAGGACAACGGGGUGCAAUACUUCUCCAACCACGAUUAUACUUUAGACCGAAGAGAAGUAGCUGAUUACGGAGAGUACCAGGACGAGCAGAGAGCUGAAAUAGUUCCUAGAGAUUUGAGGAUGAAAGACAAGUUUUUAAAGCAUUUAACAGGUCCUCUCUAUUUUAGUCCAAAAUGCAGUAAACACUUUCAUCGGCUUUAUCACAAUACAAGAGACUGCACCAUCCCAGCUUACUAUAAAAGAUGUGCCAGGCUUCUUACUCGGUUGGCAGUAAGUCCAAUGUGCAUGGAAGGAUAAGAUACUACCAUACAGAAAAGAAACACCAAGAACCAGGAGAAGUGCCUUGGAAACCAACAGGGAAAUAGAACUUAAUACCUUUAUAACAUAUUCCAUUGUGAACAAGAGGAUUUAUUUUUGCAGACUGACAAUUUCUCAUAAUUCUUUUAACGUGUUUUGUAUGUUUUCAACAGUUUGCAGAUCUACAUCCUUUACAGUAGUAUAACUGCCAAUAGUACUUACUGCUCCAUACUUAAAAGUACACUCCACAUUUGAUGUGUAGUGCUGCCAAAAAUUACAUGAACAUGUACCCUUCACCAAGAAAUUAAUGUUCUGUUGCUGAAUUCUGAGACUUGGAGGGAUGUUUAUGUUUAUAUACCCUGAACUCUUAAUGAAUCUACUCCACAGCAGUGGUUUUCACUUGAUAUUCUUCAUGCUUAUGCAAUUAAAAGAGAGUUUGGAUAAAACAAACAUUUAAAAAUUUCAGUGUUGGAGGGGUCACAUUGUACCCUUGGAGUGCAAAUUACAAAUUGCAUGACAAAUACAAAACACAAUUCCAAGUGAACAAGUUUUCUCAAGACAAAGGAGUGUGAAUUUUGCGUGCGCGCACACACACACACAAUCUGCCACUGGUUUUCUGUUCAAUGUGUAAACAUUCCAACUAACGUGCAAUAUGUAAAUACUGUAAAUAACAAACAUGAGUAAUAAAGUGUUUGAUAUAUUACAUGAUCUUCAAUGUGUAUUCUUUAAAUGUCCCUUUAGAACAAUGGUUUUCACAAACUGGAAUUGAUUUCACGUGAUUACUCAUGAUAUUUCAGAGCAAAAUAAUCUGUAAAUUAUAUUAAAAUCCAAUGCAAAAUUAUAUUAGGAAAGUAACUUGUGAAAAGGCUAAACGAAGACUGCAUCAGGAGGUCUCACUAUGCAUUUCACUUUUCUUUAAAAUCACCUACCCAGCCCAUUUGGUAUAUGUGUCAUUUUAUUUGUGACCAAAAAACCCAAACCAAAAACCACACACUAUGGAGCAUUUCUAAUAAAUGCAUUCCAGACACACAAAAGUUUUGACACUUAAGCUUUCUUUCAAAGAACCAUCUAUUUUACACAAGUCCUUUAAAUCAUAUUAGACUGUAUGGUAUAAAGUAUUUGAGUAUGAUGCAAGUAUCUGGGGCUAGGAUUUUCAUAGUUUUAUAGAGUUUAAGGCCAGAAAGGACCUUUAGAUCAUCUUGUCUGACCUUCUGCAUACCUCACACUAUUAAAUUCCAUCCAAAUACCGUAUGUUGAGCCCAACAAAUUCAAUUAAACCAAAGCAUUUUAGUCCUCAGGAGACUAAACUAAUGUGUGCCACAGGCAGUGAAUAAGAGAGACCAAGGUGCCACCAAAGCCAUGACAGAGAACUGAUUAGAUGAGAUAUGCUCAGAUGACCCUAAAGGCAAAUCACACCCCAGGCUGCAAAGGACAAUGAAAAGUCUUCAAGGUUCCUGCCAAACUGACUUUGGGGAAAUUCUUGUGAUCCAAGCCUUGUGAUCAGUUACACGCUAGCCAGCUGAGGAAGACACACUAGCCAGUCAUCUAAGACAGAGAAUUUUGUACCAAAUCUGAGCGCCAGUCCACCCUAACUAGUAACCUGUAUCUAGUUGUGGCAGAUCUCUGAUGCUUCAGAGGAAGAUGACCCCUUUACCCAUGAUAACUUAUUUUGGGGGGAAAUUCCUUCCUGACCCCCUGCAGAUGACCAAUUGAAGCCCUGCUGCAUGAGAUUAGAUUAUAAUCAUUAUCAAAUACAGAGCAACAGUGUUAUGAGCAAGUUGAAGACAAUGUAAGCAAACCUGUUCUCCCCAAGGUCUAUGAAGGAAGGAGAUUAACAAUAAGGAGAUUCAUAGACUCACAGAUUCCAAGGCCAGAUGGCAUCACCAUGACUAGCUAGCCUGACACCCUGAACCUGCAGAACUUCUUCCAGAAACUGACU